UAAAUUCCAUAGUGUUAAAUAUGCAGUGUCAAAGUACAUUGACUCUUACAGAGUUAUUACUACAACAGUUGGAGUAAGAUACCGCCCAGUGUUGGUGAAAAAGUACGUUGUUAAAAGACGCAGUGUCAGACGUACUCUGGAAAGCUCCGCCCACCUACGACUCGUCUCAAACGGACCACACAUUUUCACGGCGCCAUUUUCUUCAUGUGGAAUGACUGCGGGAGCAUGCUGCUUAAAGCUAAACUUGGAGAUGUCCAAAAAUUUGUCAGAAUAACUGAGCCAAAUCUGAAAGACUUUUUGAUUGCAGCAUUUGCAAAGUUUGGUGUCCCAGCUGUAACAGAAGAAUCUGUCUCCAUGGUGGCCUCUUCUGAGCAAUCCCAACCAUCAUCCCUUGAUACCUUGGACUCUGAGGAUACAGUCAUUAUUUCAGAUAGCCCCUCCAGAAAACGCCAGAGGCUGGAUACAGAAGCCAAGCAAUUGGUGGAAUCAGCUCUUACCAACAAAACCGGUGGGGAACGUAUAAUAAAUGAAUACAACCGAACCAAGUCCUUGACGGAUGAAACCAGACGCAAAAUGGUGAACAUGCUGGCAGCUGACAUGACAGAAAUGAAUGGUACAUCUCCACCCAGACAGGUGAAAGAAAUGUAUGCCAAAGGAAUAGUGACCUUAUUCCCGUACCUCAGUGACCCAUUCUCUAAGAAUGGCUAUGAGCAUUAUUAUGAUGGCGAGAGUGGAACUGGGUACUUGGCCUGGAGGAUUAAAACUAUUCAGAGAGGCACCGCCAAAGACAGGCGAUCAUCAUUCGGAGAAUCAGCCAAAGGAUCAACUGGUGAAGACAUGUCUGGAGGACCGACUGUCAGACGAGAAUCCCAGUUUGUUCCAGAGACUGCCCUGACUGAUGAUGAGUGCAACAAAGCAAUCUCACUGAUGAAACAUUCUGCUGAUGCAGACACAAUCAAGAAGAAAAUGGAACUGACGUUUGUGUAUCGCCGCAAAAUGAUCCUCGACCCCCCAGCAGUCAAGCAACAUACUGUCUGA